UUCCGCGUCGAUAGCAAUACCAUUCCUGGAGUGAACUGUGUGAGCCAUGUGUAAAUUGAAUCAGAACCGAAUAGGGAUCAUUCUGUUGAUGACAUUAUUACUUCAUAGUGAAAUUAUUGUGUCAAUCACAGACGCUACUGUCUACAGACUUCUGUAUGAUGUUAUUCAAUCUAACGUCGCAGGCAUACCUCUUGUGCAUGAGAAAACGGAAUGGGACUUUGAUCCAGAGGUUGGCAAGCAAAGAAGGAUUCGAUAUGAACAAGAAAACGGACGUUUCGGAGAAUAUGCGAUAGCAAAAUUAGGGAUGGGCAUUGGAUAUAAAGGUCCUUGGGGAGAGCCAGUGAAAAGUUGAAACUAAUAAUGGCUGACUAUGAUCGCGUUAACAACAAUCGGUAUCUUAUUUUUCACUCUAAUUGAUGAAAGUACAGCUGUACUCGCG